AUGUUCACGCCGCUUGGGCUUUUUGCGGAAAUCCCUUGUCCGCAGGGAGAGCGGUGUACUCUUUUGAAAUGUCUCUUCUGCCAUGAAAGCAAUGGAGCCCGUUCAGCUGGGGAUAGUUCCCCGAUAUCUCGUGCCUCAGGUCACGAUGGCCGGCCUUCAAAACGAGCUAAGCUGGACCAGAGCCCUGAAAAGGCGCAGGUUUCUAGCUCGAGUUUAUCCAACGAAAUUACGCAGGAGAUGGUGAGACGUCCAUCAGAUCUGUUCCCUGCUGGCAGGGCACCUCAAAGUGGAUCUCAGGGAAUCUCGAAGCUUCAGUCUACCACUCGAGAGGUUACACCGCCGGCACCAAAUCGAUCUGAGCCUCUAAAGACUUUGAGGCCUGUGUCUUCGAAGCCCACCGCUGCUGCAUCCAACUCUAACCCAUCGGAUACCGAGAGCAAACCUACUAGCACUACACCCUUUGAUUCUUCGGCCAAAUUCCCUCCCCGGAAAGCCCCGAAGGAGACAUUGAACCCACGCAUGCUCACGAAGGCACCGACAAGCCAUGUGGGCCGCACUGCCAUCUUGAAGAAGCUGCACGGUGCAAUGGUGGCACACAAUGAAAAGCUUCGAAGGGACAAGAACAGCGCGAACAGAUGUUUCAUCUUGACCCCAGAUGAACUGGUGACAAUGGCACUGGAUGAGGAGGAGAAGACAGCGAAGGAGAACGCGGGAGUAUAUGGAAACGUGAUCAAGCUUCGAAUCGUGAAAGUGAGCAAGAUGAGCAUCGGGGAAUGGGUCAAGGAGGUGAUGGAUCACCUGAACACGCGAUACUACAGCGUCAAGCCCAUCCAGAAGCCAGGUACCAACCCCAAUCUUCUCGCCACGGGCAUGACCGUCGAAGAAGAACUCGCGGUUGUUCCCUUCCUCGUCACACCCAUCGCAGGCCACGAACAGUACGGCUAUGUUACGAAGGCGCCUACAGAGUCAGAGAUUGCAGUCGCCAAGGAAGGUGUCGACAAGUCCAAUGGUUAUGAGAAGUGUGACCGAUGCGGCGGCCGAUUCCAGGUCUUCCCAGGUCGUCGUGAAGACGGUGCCUUGACUAGCGGUGGUACCUGUACUUAUCAUCCAUCUCGCCCCGUGUACCCCCAGCGCAAGAAGACAGACCAUGUCACUGGUUCUCAAGAGCCAUCCUUUCCCUGCUGUGGUGAGCCAAUGGGGGCCUCGAGUGGCUGCACGAAAGCCGACAGUCACGUCUUUAGUGUGUCAGAAACGAAGCGUCUUGCGUCAGUGCUGCAAUUCGAGACGACCCCACGGCAGCCCGAGAAGGGGCCCCUCGGGCCCGUCUGCUUUGAUUGUGAAAUGGGCUAUACAUCUAUUGGAAUGGAAAUGAUCCGACUCACUGCUGUCAGCUGGCCUGAAGGCCGUGAUCUACUCGACAUUCUCGUCCGACCAAUUGGCGAGAUACUGGACUUCAACUCUCGCUUUUCCGGCGUCUAUCAGAAAGACUUUGUUGACGCAAAACCAUACGACACCCUAAUUGCUACCACAGAACCACUGACGAAGCAAGAAGGAAAAGAGAAAUCCCAGAAACCCUUGCAACUUGUUAAGUCACCAGCUGAAGCACGAGACUUACUGUUCAAGUUGCUCCAGCCCGAGACACCACUCAUCGGCCACGCUAUCAACAAUGAUUUGAAUGUCUGCAGGAUCAUCCACCCCACCAUCAUCGAUACCGUCCUCCUAUUUCCCCACAUAAAGGGUCUUCCCGUCCGCAACAGUCUCAAGUAUCUGGCUUCCAAACAUCUUGGCCGUGAUAUCCAGACUGGGCUUAAUGGUCAUGACUCAAAGGAGGACUCGAUCGCCACUGGUGAUUUAGUGAGAGUCAAGGCGCACGAGAAGUGGAAGAAUAUGAAGAGCAAAGGAUGGAAACUUGAGAAUGGGAAGCUGGUUCGGUCUGCCCAAGGCGCAUCAGGCCCUACUGACCAAGACGGACACAAGAGAAUGAGUUCAACCGAGCGCUGA